AUGGAUGGAACAGAUAGAAAGUUUACGAUUGUGCUGAAAUUGGGAUCGUCAUCACUAGUUGAUGAGAGCACCCUCGAGCCCAAGCUGUCGAUCAUGUCGCACAUCGUCGAGACGGUGGUCAAGUUGCGGCGGAUGGGGCAUAAGGUGGUGAUCGUGUCGUCAGGGUGCAUUGCAGUGGGCCUGAAGACGGUGGGGACUGAUCGGCGGCCGAAGAAGCUGUCGCAGCUACAGGCGAUUGCGGCUGUGGGUCAGGGCCGGCUUAUUGCGCGGUGGGACUCCCUCUUCAGACCGUUCAACGAGAAGAUUGCGCAGAUUUUGUUGACACGGAACGACAUAGUUGACUGGUCGCAGUAUAAGAACGCGCAGAAUACGUUCCACGAACUGCUGGCGAUGGGCGUGACGCCGAUUGUGAACGAGAACGACACGCUCUCAAUCAGCGGAGUGAAGUUUGGGGACAACGACACGCUGAGUGCGAUCACAGCGGGGCUGAUCGGCGCAGACUACCUGUUCCUGAUGACGGACGUGGACUGCCUAUACACCGACAACCCGCGGACGAACCCGGAUGCAAAGCCGAUCUUGGUGGUGCCGGAUCUGUCACAGGGACUGCCCGGCGUGAACACCUCUAGUGGGUCCGGUUCAGGUGUGGGCACCGGCGGCAUGGCGACGAAGAUCCUUGCUGCAGACCUGGCAACGAACGCCGGGGUGCAUACGAUUAUUAUGAAGAGUGAGCGGCCCGUCGACAUGGUGCGGAUCGUGGAGUUCAUGGAAUGGCGCGAGCAGUGCACUGCAGUUUCUGCUGACGCCGAGACCUUGCAGACGGACGAGCUGAAUUUGUUGCAGGAGCACGGCGUCCCACUACACACGCGCUUCAUUGCAAACGUUUGGCAACCAUCCUUGAACAAGCGGGAGUUCUGGAUACUCCACGGUCUGGUGAGCUGCGGCACGGUGAUCAUAGACAAGGGGGCCUACAAGGCGCUCACCCGCAAAAACAAAGCUGGGCUUCUCCCAGCGGGUGUCAUCGCGGUCGAAGGCUCCUUCCACGAGUUGGAGGCAGUCGACCUCAAAAUCGGUGUGCGCAAGGCCGAUGGCUCGCUCGACGAAUCGGAACCGCUCCAAACUGUGGGUAGAGCGCGUUGCAACUAUAGCAGCGUGGAGGUUGAUAAGAUUAAGGGCCUCCAGAGUGGCCAGAUAGAGACUGUUCUUGGGUACAUUGACAGCGAAUACAUCGCGCACCGUGAAAACCUUGCCUUUCCUCCCCGUUAG